GAUUCAGACUUUUUCUGGUGGAGGGUAGAAGGAAAUUUUGCAGGCGUGUGGUCCUUGGCCAUUCCCAGUUGGGCACCACAGCUGAUCUGGCAUGGAGGUUGCAGUGUGGCCUGCUGUGUGCACAUGGUCUGAUCUUGGUCUUUGUUGGCAGAGUGGCAUGAUGCAGAGCUUCUUGAUGUUGCUGAGGGAGCACGGGAACACCCACCCACCCCCGGCGGAGCUGGUGCCCCUCGCGGGCAGCCUAUGCCAUGACAUCCAAGAUGACCUCACUCAGAUGCAGCCUUUGGUUUCUGCCAUUCUGGACAGCCAGCUGUGCCCGCACCUCCUGGACAAUGCAGAUGUGGCCCUGGUGUGUGCCCGUGUCCUGGCCCAGCAGGAGCAGCAACAGGCGGCCUGCCGGCUUCUGGAGGGUUGUCGGGUGCCAGGAGGCAGCCGUGAGCUGGUGCAGCUCUGGAACGACAUUCACUACGACCUGGCCAGGAGGAAGCUGGGUGUGGCUGCGCUGACCCCGGUGCAGAAGUUCCGCUGCAGGAAGAGGAAUCCCCCACCCGCAGGCCUCUGCCCGGAUGGCCUCAAGAGUCGGAACUUCCCCAGAGAGGUCCGCAGGAGGCUUCAAGACUUUGCCUUGGCCGUGAGCAUUAACCCCAGCAAGGCUCAGCGGGAGAGUUUGGCUUUGGAGACAAGCUUGACUGCAGAGCAGGUCUACAACUGGUUUGCUAAUUACCGGCGGUGCCAGCAGUCCCUGCUCCAGCAUGUGCAGCCAGCCCAGCGGGUGGUGGCCGAAGACCCCAGUACAAAGGAGAGACGUCUGGACCGCUGGUGUCAUUGGUCCGCCUGGCCCAGGGACGGCGUACCUCCGCAGUCUCCAGACGCCCUCCAAAGACCUUGGGAGGCCCUGGCCCUGGUCACAGACCUUCCUGGAGCUGAGACGAUCUCAAGGCCCCUGGCUCCCAGGUACUGUUGUCCUCACGUGCUAUGGGGCCAUCUCACCUGUUCGUUCGCCUUCUCAGCUGAAGGUGAGGAUGGGGAGUGGGCAUGAGUGUGCUGGGGCCACCGCACAGGUACCAGGUCAGUGA